UUUCUGGCGUGUUCUCUUCUCGGAUCUUGUCCAGUGCGACGCGCCUCAAAUCCCACACGAUAGCGAACCCAAAAUCCACACAGGCCACGACGCAGGCUCCACCAUCAACGAGGGUUCCCACGUUCCUCCUCGUCGUUCGAAGCUACGGCUCGUCGUUCUCCAGGGAGAAAAGCGGGGAGGAGCUCGUCGGGAUCGAAAGGCGGCGAUAAGGUGCCAAUUCCGGGUUGCGGAGGCGUCUCGCGAGCGAGAGAGGCGGUGACUGGUAUAAGGAGGACAAGAUGAGCGUGAGUCCAGCGCCGGCCUCGGACACCCAUGGCAACCUGGACGAGCAGAUCGCGCAGCUCAUGCAGUGCAAGCCGCUCGCCGAACAGGAGAUCUGAGGUUGAGUGGGUGUUUAGCAAUUUACAGAUCUGCGAUGCUGUUAUGGCGUGUGGUUUGGCUGAGAUGUUUGUUUCUAGUGAUCACUGGGAUCUGUAUAUGUAAAACGGUCUUUGAUCCGGUUCCCUGGAUUGUUCCACGUAUCCUAUGAUUCAAGCUUUAAAUAAUGGAGUUUGUAGAGAAAUUUGAGCUCUUCCCAAACUUGAAACUGCUAAUGUAGAACUGGCCAGUCCAUAUUUCAUUCCUGGACUGUAAUGAUUUUCUUUGUUGGACUAUGGGGUUAGGGUGCUUUGCGAAAAAGCUAAGGAGGUUUUAAUGGAAGAAAGCAAUGUUCAGUCAGUGAAAAGCCCUGUGACAAUCUGUGGUGAUAUUCAUGGACAAUUUCAUGAUCUUGCAGAGCUAUUUCGAAUUGGUGGAAAGUGUCCAGAUACCAAUUACUUAUUUAUGGGUGAUUAUGUGGAUCGUGGGUACUAUUCUGUCGAGACAGUUACGCUAUUGGUGGCUCUCAAGGUGCGUUAUCCUCAGCGAAUUACCAUUCUCAGAGGAAACCAUGAGAGUCGUCAGAUUACCCAGGUGUAUGGAUUUUAUGAUGAAUGCCUGAGAAAAUAUGGCAAUGCAAAUGUCUGGAAGACCUUCACAGAUCUUUUUGAUUAUCUCCCAUUGACAGCAUUGGUUGAAUCUGAAAUUUUUUGUCUGCACGGUGGAUUAUCGCCAAAUGUUGAAACCCUCGAUAGCAUUAGGAGCUUUGAUCGUGUUCAAGAAGUUCCUCAUGAGGGGCCCAUGUGUGAUCUUUUGUGGUCUGACCCUGACGAUAGAUGUGGUUGGGGUAUUUCUCCACGUGGUGCUGGCUACACUUUUGGCCAAGAUAUAUCUGAGCAAUUCAACCAUACCAACAAUCUCAAGUUAAUAGCCAGAGCUCAUCAAUUGGUUAUGGAGGGAUAUAACUGGGGCCACGAACAAAAGGUGGUUACCAUAUUUAGCGCUCCGAAUUAUUGUUACCGGUGUGGGAACAUGGCAUCAAUAAUGGAAUAUGAUGAGUGCAAAGGACAGACCUUUAUUCAGUUUGACCCAGCACCUAGGAGAGGAGAGCCCGACGUUACACGAAGGACGCCUGACUACUUUCUCUAAGCAAGAUGGCCAAGAACCUACUGCUGGAUUCCGACGAGGGUGUGGAAUGCUCACUAGACAAGAUUGUGAUUCAGAAUCCUCAAGAUUGAUGCUAUUUUUUUUUAUUUGUAAGUUUCGGCCCCAUGUCGUUUAUCAUGAUCCAUUUCGCAUUGAAAGUAAUGAGGUCGAAGUGUGGUAGUGUAGAAGCAUCGCACAUAUUUUUGAGGGCUCUUCUCCCUUCAUUCUCUGCUGCUGCUCUUUAAUAUUGUAGAGGGACUUGAGUUAGCUCUAUUAACAAUUUGAUUUUGUGCA